AUGAGCGAGUCAAAUGAUGUGAACGAUGACCUCAGUGUCGCUCAGGGAGCUGUUCUGGUGAAGUCUUGUGAGGUGCCUCGAGAUGCGCCAGUUAUCAGAGGUUAUGAUUUCAAUGAAGGGAUAAACUUCUCGAAACUUAUGACCUCAUAUCUUUCCACCGGCUUCCAAGCUACCCAUCUGGCGAAGGCAAUACAGGAGGUCAAUGGCAUGCUCGAUGAGAGAGAGUCAUGCAGUGAUGGUGAUAUGCCCAAACAGUUCUUUCCAUAUCCCAAAGAACGAAGUAUUCCUCGUUGUACGAUAUUUCUGGGUUACACUUCGAAUCUUGUUAGCAGCGGUCUUAGAGAGAUACUUCGAUUUGUAGUACAACACGACCUAGUGGACUGUGUGGUCACAAGCGCCGGAGGAGUGGAAGAAGAUCUUAUCAAGUGCCUACUGCCUUCCUAUUUGGGCGAUUUCCGAAUGGACGGCAAAGAAUUGCGCUCACAUGGGUUAAAUCGCGCUGGCAACAUCCUCAUUCCGAACGACAAUUAUUGCGCGUUUGAGGAUUGGCUAUCACCCAUCCUUGACGAGUGCCUGAAAGAGCAGGAAGAACAAGGAUACAGCUGGACCCCUUCAAAACUGAUCAGGAGGUUAGGCGAGAAAAUCAAUAAUGAGGAUUCUAUACUUUACUGGGCUGCACGAAAUCAUAUACCUAUUUUUUGUCCAGCUUUAACUGAUGGAAGUCUUGGGGAUAUGCUAUAUUUUCACUCAGUCAAACAUUCACCUGGGCUUCGUGUAGACAUUGUGGAGGACGUGCGUCAUAUCAAUACGAUGGCAGUGAAGAGCCGCAAGACGGGGACGUUAAUACUCGGGGGCGGAGUCGUAAAACAUCACAUCAAUAAUGCGAAUCUGAUGAGAAAUGGCUCGGAUUUCACGGUCUAUAUCAAUACUGGAAUGGUAAGAGAUGGCUACAAACCUGAAUGUUCUAGGGUUCGAAAUUAA